GAGGGAGGAGGGAGAGAGAAAGCGCGUCUCGGUACAGUCACAGUGAACUGCGGGGGCCGACGGACGGUCCUCGAGAGCGGAAAGCGCCUCCAACCACGAUUUAAGUCCAUCUAACAUUGACUUGAUAUCCUUUCCGCGUACUUUCCACCGGGAUUCGACGCUGUGAACUUUUUUUGACGGGUCUUCGCGAAGUUCUGGGUGCCAUUUCCCCGUCCUCCGACAUGGACUGCUCAAGCGCCGCCUCGGGGAGCUCCUGGCCGGCUUUCACUCACUAGUCACGGGGACACAAACGUCCAAGCCGCCCCGGGGGAAGCGACUUUUCCCAACUAAAUGUUUGAUGAAGUGCUCGGAAGUUUCGCUACAUUCUCCGGAGCGGGGGAUUCGUUUGUUCCAAGCGCGGCUAGACAAGCGCGGUUCCCGGUUGCAGACGAGAGCGGUGUUCGCUGGUGACGUCGCGGGAACAUGGAGACUGUAAGCCGGCAGAGCUUCCAGCCUCACCCGGGACUGCAACAAACUCUCAAGCAGUUUCACCUCAGCUCUAUGAGCUCCCUCGGCGGACCGGCCGCCUUCUCCGCCCGCUGGCAGCAUGAGCUCCUCUUCAAGAAGGACGGGAAGGAACCGGAGCCGGUGCUGCAGCAUCUGCCGCCGCCCGUGAUGCCCGGCGGGCCCCUCUUCAUCCCGUCGGACCGCUCCACGGAGAGGUGCGAGACGGUCCUGGAGAGCGAGACCAUCUCGUGCUUUGUGGUCGGCGGGGAGAAGCGGCUGUGUCUCCCGCAGAUCCUCAACACGGUGCUGCGGGACUUCAGCCUUCAGCAGAUCAACUCGGUGUGCGACGAGCUGCACGUCUACUGCUCCCGGUGCACCGCCGACCAGCUGGAGAUCCUCAAAGUCAUGGGGAUCCUGCCCUUCUCGGCGCCGUCCUGCGGCCUCAUCACCAAGACGGACGCCGAGCGGCUGUGCAACGCGCUCAUCUACGGCGGAGCCUACCCGCCCCGCUGCAAGAAGGAGGCGAGCCACGGAGCCGCGCUAGAGCUGGAGCUCACCGACCGGAGCUUCAAGGUCUACCACGAAUGCUUCGGCAAGUGCAAGGGGCUGUUCGUGCCGGAGUUGUACGGCAGCCCCAACGCGGCGUGCAUCCAGUGCCUGGACUGCAGACUCAUGUACCCCACGCACAAGUUCGUGGUGCACAGCCACAAGGCGCAGGAGAACCGGACCUGCCACUGGGGCUUCGACUCGGCCAACUGGAGGGCCUACAUCCUCCUGGGCCAGGAUUACACGGGCAAGGAGGAGAAGAGCCGCCUGGAGCAGCUUCUGGACGAAGUCAAGGAGAAGUUUGAUUUCGCCAACAAGUACAAGAGGAAAGCCUCGUCCAGGGUGCCGGAUCCCAUCCCAAUAAAAAAGGCCAAACAUGAAGACGUCCCCAUACAAUCACCUCUGGCUGACAAGGACAAGCAGCAUGAUUGGCUACAGUCACUGUCCACCUCCAAUAAGGGGCUCAACUGUAUUCCACCCAGACAGAGACCAUCGGCUUUUAGACCCUGGUCCCCACACAUCUCUGCUGGCGACAAGGAACCCUCCAGUCACCCUUUAGCUCUUCUAAGAGACAGUUUCUACAACUACAAGAGCCUGGAGAACGCUGUGGCCCCCAAUGUUGCCCUCACACCGCUGCCCCUGGGAAAGGUGGGUCCAAUUUCCCCGUCGGUCCCCAGCACGUCACACCCGAGCGCAGGGGAACCGCCAGGCGAGGGCGCCAACGCCGGCUCGAGAACUUGCAAGAGGCGAGCCACGGGGGAGCCGCAGCCGUGCCCUUUGACAUCCCCGGCGAGCAAGCAGCCGUCGCCUCGGGAUGACAAAGACUCGGAGGUGGAGGUGGAGAGCCGUGACGAGUUCACCUCCUCGCUGUCCUCCCUGUCGUCGCCCUCCUUCACCUCCUCCGGCUCGGCCAAGGACCUGAGUUCGCCGGGCGCCCUCGGGCCCACCGGCGCCGUCGCGUCUUCUGAGGGCGCCGCGGUCGUCCCCGUCUCGACGCCUCCAGAACUCGGGCUGGAGUCGGAGCUGGAGAGCCUGAGGCAGGCGCUGGACAACGGCCUGGACUCCAAAGAGUCCAAGGAGAAGUUCCUGCAUGAGAUCGUAAAGAUGAGGGUGAAGCAGGAGGAGAAGUUGGGCUCCGCUCUGCAGGCCAAGCGCAGCCUCCAGCAGGAGUUAGAGUUCUUGCGGGUGGCGAAGAAAGAGAAACUGCGGGAAGCGACGGAGGCCAAGCGUAACUUGAGGAAGGAAAUCGAGCGCCUGCGAGCCGAGAGCGAGAAGAAGAUGAAGGAAGCCAACGAGUCGCGGGUUCGUCUGAAGCGGGAGCUGGAACAAGCUCGCCAGUUGCGGGUCUGCGAUAAAGGAUGCGAGGCGGGACGUCUGCGUGCAAAGUACUCAGCGCAGAUCGAAGACCUGCAGACAAAGCUGCAACACGCCGAGGUGGACCGAGAGCAGCUGCGGGCCGACUUACUGCAGGAGCGGGAGGCCCGGGAGCACUUGGAGACCAUGGUGAAGGAGCUGCAGCGGCAACUUUGGCCCAGCGACAAAGACUUGACAGCCAAGGACAAGGAAGAGCAGUCCCAAAAGUGAAGCCAUUGUCGCCGAGCAGUCCUCCCCCCAAAUCCUCCAUCACUCACACACGCUGCAGACAGUUUGUCCCACAAGCCGUCCACAUGCUCACACCAGAGGACGGCACGCCAGACUAUGACCGGGAAGGCGACAGAAUCCGCGGCGAGGAAGGACGUCAACUUAAAAGUGGUCUCGCACGCCUCGCUGGCAGAAGUGGAAUCAUUGCACACGACGACAAGGAAAGGACGUCUGUGGUCAUAAAAGCUAAAAGACGAUUGUGUUUCCCGCAAAACCCUCCAUCUUUGUCCCCAUGAGGUUUAACGAGACAUGGACUACACAGCGAUGUAACGAAAGAUACGUGCAAAUACAAACAAAUAAACUAUGUGUAGACAUGGCGUUUUUUUUCUUCUUGUUUUUUUUUAGGGACGCCAUAAAAACUCAGAUUUCUAUUCCUGUUUCAGCAAACUUUUAAUCUUCUAAAGAUUUCAUAUUCCACACGUAAGCGUGGUCUUUUUCAUCUUAUUUCAUGCACAUGAUGCAUUUAUUUUUGACAAUAUUCACUCCCUCCAGGAUUUCGCAGGCUUUUUUUCACGAUUGUCGUGGCCUAAAAAUGCCUGAAUUUACGGCAGUUUUUUAAGAAAGGUUGCAAUUUUAAUUUCAAUAACAUUGAAUCGACUUUUGAUUUUAUGAACUCGCUAUCAAUAUUUUAAGUUUUAGCAAUGUUUUUAACGUUUAACCUGAAAAAGCACAGGAUUUCACAAUAAAUGUAAAAUACUGCAUUGAUGUUUUACUCCUUUCAUACAUCAUAGUAUAAACUAGAUGGCAGUAAAAGCACAUACUUUUCAAAUUACUGUACUGUUUUAAUACAUUACAAUUUAUACUACAGAAAGAAACACCACCGAAGGCAUCCAUAAUGUUUGCCCUGUCAUCCACAAGUUGCAGACAUUCUCUGUGUAUGUUUUACACCUGAAAAGUGUAUCCGUCCUAAACAUUCAUUAAUGUUUCGAUACAUUCACCCCUGCAUACUAAGAGCUUCCGUGAACUGCUGAGAGCAAUCUACAGCUCUCAUUUUUGUUGGUAAACGAGAGACGACAAGAGAUUAUCAUCACACUCCAACAUCUCUAACAUGUUAUCUUUGCUUGUUCAGCAUUGCAAAUGAAAAUGUUUUUAAAUGGUCUUACUCUGGAUAAGUAAAGGUUGAAUAAAUAUACGAAUACAUGUAAACUAGGAGAUAAACAUUUUUAUACUGCAUUACCCAGAAAGCUUAGCGCUGUGGACAGGAGCAGGAAGUAGGUCUUAGCUACGACGAUUUAGCCAUUUUAUAAAUAAAUAGAUGUCUUGUUACAGGUGGCAGUUAAGGAAACAAACCUAAGUUUUAAAAAAUUUGAUUGGCCGAGGUGUGCAUCGGACAAAAAAUUGCGAGUCUCAUAAUUCACGUUAAAUUUGUGUUAAAUCAGCACAUUUGUGUCGAUUCCUGGAGCGACUGAAUUAAUUGUCAUGUUCAACAUUUUUAAUGUAUGGGUCACCCUUGGCAAGAAAUAAAUGUUCAGUAAAUUAAGGUAUGUAAAUAUGAUUACUAUUUCUCCGACUUCAUAAUGAAUCGCACUUUGUCCUAACAAAAUACAGUUUUUUAUGUUAAUGUACUCUCACUAUUGUCUCUCGAGCUUUUUUUGGAAAACGUCUUAUAAACGAAUGCUACCGUAUAAAUCCAGUUAACAUUUUGUUGCUUAUAUGCAUUCUCAAAGAAAUAUUGUUAUGUUUACUUAAGGCAAAGUAUUGUAAAUAAACGCAACGAAAAAGAAGGCUCUACCUGUUCCUGGCUGACGUAGUUUGGAAACAGGUCGGGAUCGGCGGCGGUGCGCCCAAACAUGCAAACGAUGACAAAUCAAGCGGGAAACUUGGAAGGAAUGAGUGGCGUUUUGAUGUCAUGUUUUCAUAUAUUGUGGCCUUCAAAGUUGCUUUUAUGGACGUUGUCUCUUCUUUUUACCAUCAGAUACCUAAACGAGGAAACUCUUUGUUUUGUUUCCAUUCAGAGGGCGAGUUCUUAAAAAAAAAAAACCUGCACAAUCAAAUUAACUUUUAUGAAUUAUAUUUGGUUUAAAGAAUCAAACAAGACAUAUUGGCAGCAAGAUGCCGUGGCAGUUAGGUACAAUGCAAUCAAGAUGUACAUGAUGCUUAUGCUUUGAUUGAUAAUGUUUUUAUUGCUUGUCUGUUUUUUUAGGGUUUUUUUCCCCGAUUAAAAAAAAAAUUUCAUGCAUGAAAUUUGAGAAAAGGUUUGCCAUUCAUAUCGUCAGUUAUGGGGCAUUUAUACUGUACAUAAAAGGGGGUUUUAUCGUCUUAUGCAAUUUGUAUUGUCCAGGAGGAGGAAAAGGUGAUUUAAAGCAGCAAACUGUAAACACAUAAACAUAAAUACACACACACACAUAUAUAUAUAUAUAUAUAUAUAUAUAUAUAUAUACAUGUGAAAUAUAUUUCAAUUGCAAUGCUGGACAAGCCCAAGUGCCUGACACCGGCUAAAAUAGGUUUCCAGAAAAGACGAUUGAAAACAAAAGGAUUAAACUUCAUCAUUAAAUGUAAACAUACUGUAAGGCCCAUCCCACUAACUGCAACACGUGACAGGUCCCCCACUAAAAUAUUGUACUUUUUGUUCAUUUAAAAUAUGCAUGUACAAAGUAUUUUUUAGAAGAUCUUUAAUAAAAAAAAAUUAAAAAAUUCCUUUGUACAUACAGACUUUGUGGACUUGUGGCCCCGAUGAACGCAUGUGGAGCAUUAUAAAGAUGUUAUUACUGUUAUUAUGAUGAAGGUCAAAUACCCUUUAGGACAGAUAAUACCAUUGGGAGUGCAAACCCUAGAACACCUGCAGGUUAUUAUUAUUAUCAUCAUUAUUAUGGGUAUUGAAAGGUGGCUUCCAAUCCUACGCGCCGCUGCCACUUCGGCACGCCUACAAAUUGGUACAUUUUGUAGUGUUUUUUUUACACUCUAAAAAGCUUGUGAGUAGUUUUCUUUACGCAUGUUUUUCUAUAAAUGAAAGGUUACAAAAAACAAACAAAAAAAUGUUUUCUAAAGGAUUUUGCAAGCAAUAACGGUCCGUAUGAAUAAAUACUUUCCAGUGUGACGAUUUGAAUACAAAUUAAAAAAUAAAACUGUACAUAUGUUUUUCAUGUACAUUAUUGUAUAAUAUAUGUACAUGGUGGCUGUUUACUUUUUGCAGAAAGAAAUCUUUUCUUACAAUAGUUGUUUUUAUUUUGCUUUUUCUUUUCAAAACAAUUCAUGCAGUGUGCAAGAGAAAAUUCCAAACAAGAUAACCUCCCCCCCUUUUUUUUUACUGUAGAUUCUUUGUAUGGCUUUUUCUCCAGUCAUUCAUAUCGGUAAAUGUAUAUUUUAUUUGUUGUUGUAUGUUGGUUAUACUCUCUGCCACACACCAGGACGACGUCUUAAAGAUUGUUUCAUCAUCUUCAUGUUUCUGUUUAGCCCUGUGCUGCUGCUAACGCAAAAUCAAACACUUGGAGAAAUGUUUUUUAUGUCAGAAGAAAUGUUCCUGUUUCUGAAUAUCACAUAUGCAGUAUGAAAAGCUCAGCCGACUUGUUUGUCUUUCUCAAACUUCUUCCAUGCACACCUCUCUCUCUCUCUCUCUCUCUCUCUCGCACGAACACUGACUAUAUUGUAAAGUAAAGGACUUUAUGAGAUUAUGUUUGAAGAUAGUUACGCUUAUAUAUACGGUGACUGAAUGUACAGUGUAUAGAUGCAUUACCAGAAAUAAAGUUGUUUGUCCACAA